GCAGACGAACUUCUCUCACAUCUGUACUCGGAGUUCAGAGCGCUACACUUUUUUUCCUUCACGACCGUCGACAGUAAGACAACGACAACAAAGCGCCGUGAGGGAUUGCAGAGCUGUGUCCAGCCCCAUCUGUGAAAGUUUAACUCUACAUCAGUUGGAUUGGAUUAACAGCUGGGCUGCUACUGUCAGACGGUUUGAGGACAAUCGACUGCCACUACUGCUUGUGCUGCUGCUGGGGUGUUUUGCGUGGUGUUGGACUUUCUCACGUUGCAGCAGACACGCACAUACAGGCGCUUUCCUGCCCUGUGCCCACGGCCACCCCCACCCCCCACCCCCUUCUCUCCUACACACACUCUCUGUCUCUGUCUUUCUUUCGAGGACAUACACACACACAGGCAGUGAGUGAGUGAGUAAGCAGUGGAUCCUGUGGUGUGGAGUGUACUGAAGAGGGGUAGAGGAGCAGAGCGGAGCAGAGCGGAGCAGCAGACUCUACCAUGCCAGUGCAGGGAGAAAGGCUGAAGUGCUGUCUCUCUCUCUGUCUCUGGAGCCGGAGUUCUCUGCUGUUGCUUGGACUGUUUUCUCUCCAUGUGCCAGUGCAAGGCAACAUAUUGGACAGCAUGCUGCUAAGAGCAUCCAGUAAGGAAGCGGGGGAGAGUGGGAAGGAGACGAGUGGCAGCGCAGCCCCGGCCUUGUCCUCCCAAAGACUACUGUGGUGUCACUGUUAUCACCACUGUCCAGAAGAUUCCACCAACAACACGUGCAGGACUGAUGGCUACUGUUUUACCUUGGUGGAGGAGGAGGGAGGCGUACCGGUCCAGACUGCAGGUUGCCUGGGACUGGUCGGGUCCGAGUUUCAGUGCCGGGACACAUGGAACUCGCGUCAGAGAAGAUCGCUAGAGUGCUGCACAGACCAGGACUACUGUAACAGGAAUCUGCACCCGACACUGCCGCCGCUCAAGCCACCUCUCUAUGGAGAUGGAAAGAUCCACCACAUGGCCUUGUUGAUCUCAGUCACCGUUUGCAGCAUUAUACUGGCCGUCAUCAUCGUCUUCUGCUACUUCAGGUAUAAGCGGCAGGAGUCCCGUCCACUGUACACUAUUGGUCUAGAGCACGAUGAGACGUACAUUCCCCCGGGAGAAUCGCUGAAGGACCUGAUAGAGCAGUCACAAAGCUCUGGCUCAGGAUCAGGCCUCCCUCUACUGGUCCAGAGAACGAUAGCCAAGCAGAUUCAAAUGGUGAAGCAGAUCGGUAAGGGGAGGUAUGGAGAGGUGUGGAUGGGCCGGUGGAGAGGAGAGAAGGUGGCGGUGAAAGUCUUUUUCACCACUGAAGAGGCCAGUUGGUUCAGAGAGACUGAAAUCUACCAGACCGUCUUAAUGAGACAUGAGAACAUACUGGGUUUUAUUGCCGCCGAUAUUAAAGGAACUGGCUCUUGGACGCAGCUCUACCUUAUCACGGACUACCACGAAAAUGGCUCCUUGUACGACUACCUCAAAUCAACCACUCUAGACAAUAAAGCCAUGCUGCGACUGGCCUACUCGUCCGUCUCGGGCCUGUGUCACCUCCACACAGAGAUCUUUGGCACCCAGGGAAAACCUGCCAUCGCUCACAGAGACCUGAAGAGUAAGAACAUCCUGGUGAAAAGGAACGGCACGUGCUGUAUCGCUGACCUCGGACUGGCGGUCAAGUUCAUCAGUGACACCAACGAGGUCGACAUCCCUCCGAACACCAGAGUUGGAACAAAGCGGUACAUGCCUCCAGAGGUUCUGGAAGAGACUUUGAACAGAAGUCAUUUUCAGUCGUACAUCAUGGCUGACAUGUACAGCUUUGGGCUCAUUCUUUGGGAGAUCGCUCGGCGUUGUGUCUCAGGAGGAAUCCUUGAGGAGUACCAGUUGCCAUACCAUGAGUCGGUUCCCACAGACCCCUCGUAUGAAGACAUGAGAGAGGUGGUCUGCAUCAAGAGACUACGACCGUCCUUUCCUAAUCGAUGGACCAGCGACGAGUGCUUGAGACAGAUGGGGAAGCUGAUGUCAGAAUGCUGGGCCCACAACCCGGCCUCACGCCUCACCGCCCUGCGGGUCAAAAAGACACUUGCCAAGAUGUCCGAGUCACAGGAUAUCAAGCUGUGAGCGGCCAGGUGUGUGUUUACGCACACACAGAGAAAGGGCACUAACAAUCACACUGGCACUGGUUUAGGCCAUACAAACCUUUUUAGUCCCCCCUCCCUCCCCUCCCCUCCCCCUGGGGAAAAUGGAGGCGGGACGAGUGAGAAGGUCACUUUGGAGAUCACAGACUUUUGAGCGUAGGUGCCAAUAACUCUGCAACCCAAAUCUCUCCCGAUUAAAUAAACAAACAAAUAAAUAAAUAAAUAAAUAAUGGUGGUCACAGAAGAUGAGACAAUCUCACACCGGAUGUAUUUAUGUAUACUGCAGGCUCCUGUUUACACGCUCCAAAGGCUGUGGUUAAAGAGACUUGAGUUGGACUGAGAUAGAGGAACAGGCUACUGACCAGUGAGUGCAUGUAUAUUAUAUCACUGCUUUCUGUGAAAGCUGCCCUACCUGUAGAUGAAGGUCUGAUUGACAGAACUGAAGGGACGUAAUUAACGGCAAUCUGUUAUUGCUGCACGACACCUCCUUUCUAAACCCCUCCCCCCCCCACACACCCACACACACACACACACACACACACACACACUACUGGCUUUAUAUCGUAAUUGGAUUAUAAACCCAUUUGUUCCCCCCCCCCUCACUCUUAAAUAGCUUUUUUUGUUGUGGGACUGACACAGUACGACACGAUGUGACAGGACAGAGGCGCUGAACGCUUUGUUUAUGCUGGUAGCGUUUGUAGACACUGAAGAAAGGCAUACCUGUAUUUUUUGUGUUGUGACGAGCUAUGGAAGUGUGUUUAUCAUGUAAAACUUAAACUCGUUGAGACUUUAUUUGAAAAAAAUAAAAAUAAAAUAAAAAUGAACUCUU